CUACAAGCAACAGUCAUCUCAACGCCCAGCCAACUGCGACAGCAUACCGCUCUCUACCAACCUGCACAAACGAAUUCAGCCAUGGCACCCACAGAGCUCUACAGGAUAGCCCUAGAGCGGUCUACACAGCCGGAUUUGCCCACAGAACACAAUGAAAUCCCGCAUAACAUGCCAUCCCUGACUGAGACGGACCGCACAGUUUGUGAGGGAUGGCUCCAGGAGAUCAACUUCCUUCGUCCCGGAGUGGAGGAGGAGGACGAAGUCUGGGAGAAGAUCAAGAGGAACUGGAUCGGAUAUCUAUCGGCGACGAGUCCCUUGCCGGAUGCAACGCUGGCGCCGAACCGCAAAGUUGUGCAGUUCGCGGCCGGGGACGGGGACGGGGACGAGGGCGUGGUGGAACGGAGACGCAGGUUUGAGCGUGAUCGUAGGAGGCGCAUGAUCAUCCAGUCGGCCUUCUGGAACGGGCUGGAUGGAAUAGAGGCCAUGACGGAGCGAUGGCCACGAGCGGCGCGGGCCGCAUUGAACAGCAUGGAUAGAGGGGAGGAAGAAGAAGACCGAGGCGCCUUUGAGAGCCUCGCAGCCGUCUAUGACCUCGGCCGGCGGCGGCGGUAUCAGGCUAUAUGGACUAGCCUGGUGGGGUUUAUCGUUCAUUCGUACGACGAAGGCACACUGGAAGAGAUGGGCCUGCAGCUGAAGGAGGGCCAGAUCGACGAUAUCCUGGAUAUCGAGCAGGAGGUGUGGAGCGUGGACCUCAGGGCGAUCGCACGGAGGCGGGAAAAGGGGGGGUUCGAGGACGUAUGGGCCCCUAUUCAGCAGCUGCUCUUCAAGGCGUUAAGGAGGCCGAAGUCAACGGCCAGGAACAACCCGCUCGUAUGGUGGCUCGCGGUCCUCGUCCGAUCGGCGGUUUCGGACGACAGGGAUUUCAUCAGCAGAGGGCGAUUCCAUAAGAACCCAGUGCCAAUGGAUAUCGACCUCGAAGAACGGCUGCGGGCGAUAGUGCACUAUAGCAAGGUCCUUGUGCUCGACGAUGCCUUCUCGACAUGGUCGGAGAGGCCGGAGUGGGUGAUGGAGGUGCAGAGCUGUCUGAAUAGGGUGAGCAUCGACUGGAUCAACGACGAGAGAGGGUCCAGGCCAGCUAGGUCAUCGGAUGGGCCGGUCUAUUCGACGGCCGCGUGGCAGUCCGUGGUGACACAUAUAGCCGAACAUACUAGCAGGUAUAUAGGGGGGAAGAAGAAGACUGCGAUACACCGGGUGCGAUUGUUAGCAGAUGAGAUUGGGCAGUAAUCACGUAGGCUAGAAUAUAGGUCACAUGGUUAUCACUCAUAUCUAUUGGUACCAUUGCGGGCAUGGGAGGGCUGUGAGGACCCGGACAGUCUUCGGAAUUCAAU